AUGAAAAAAAUUAUAUUCGCCUUAGGUUUUAUAUUGGCAAUCAAUAUAAUAUUUUGUCAAAUUUUGAAUGCUUUUCCAUCUUUCUCAAUAACACUGGUAGAUUGGAAAAUCAUAGGAAGUACAAUUAAUGAUUAAUAUGCUAAUUAUUUUUCAGCAUUGGCAUUCAGUGUGUGGUUGCUUUUAAAUUAUUAUUUAGAAGGCUUUCGUUUCAAUUCAAUUUUAAUAAUUUUUGCCUUGUUUUUUUUCUAUUUAGAUAAAGCGCUUUAAUUAUCAAGUAUAUUAUCCAAUAUCUCAGCUAUUUUUGCAAUUUUAUAUUUAUGGUCCUUGAUCAAAUGGAAGUAUUACUCAUUGCCACCUCCAAAAGGCAAUUUUAGAACUUGUUAUAAGGAAAUACAUAUGAAAGAUAAAUAUUAGACAAGUGUUUCAGUUUAUUAUCCUUGUCAUGAUUAAAAGUAGAAAGAUGUUGACAUUAAAUGGCUACCAAAUUUAAAAUAUUUCAAAUAAAUAUAUGAAAGAAUUUAAUUACAGUUGAAAUGGGUUCCUCAUUAAUUGAUAUUUGAUUUUGGACUAAACUUCUUAAAUUAUAUCACAUUUAAGGCUAGUGUAGAGUAACCUUUACUCGAUUCCAAACUUGAUGUCAUUAUUUUUAGUCAUGGGUUUACUUAACAUAGAAAUGCUUAUACUUUUUUGUGCUAAGAAUUAGCAAGCGAAGGCUACAUUGUAUUUUCACCCCAACAUACAGAAAUGGUUUAUCCUUGGGAUUAAAAAUAAACUAAGAUCUUGCAUUCUGGAAAUAAGGCUGAAGUGAUGGAGAAAUAUUAAAGUUUAAGAGCAACUCAUUUAGAUUGGAGAUGUGAUUAGGUAAAGUUUUUAAUUUAGUAAUUGUAAAAUGGAUAAUUAUAAGAUACUUUCAAGAAUUUAAAGCCUUUAAGUAUUAGUUUGAUCGGGCAUUCUUUUGGAGGAGCUACUGUUCUCAAAAUUGCUUAAGAAAUUAAAUUAGAUAAUGUGAUUUCAUAUGAUCCAUGGUUAUUUCCAUUCAAUUAAGAAGAAUUUAAAAAAUAACUUAAAGGAAGAAUAUUAAUCUUGAGCAAAGAUAUAAAUAGAAUUAAAUAAGAAGUGUUUUAACCAAAGCUACUAGAGGAUUUUCUAGAAAAUAGAAAAGAUGUUCAACACCAUCGUAUAAAAGGAUUAGAUCAUGCCUAUCCAAAUGAUUUAACUUAUUUGAUGGCUACUGAAUUGACUAUAUUUGGAGAAAUUAGAAGCAUUAAAAAUAUUUAGUAAGUUAACGAACUUUUGAUUACAUUAACGAAAAAAUAUUUGAAGAAUUAUCAAUUCAUUUAAAAAGAAACCAAUCAAUUUUAUUGA